AUGGCAAAUAAUGAAAUUGAACAAGUAAUAACAAAUGGAACAUCAGAAACGAAACAUUCAAAAUCUAAAAAACAAAUUAAUCAUAAUAAUGGCGAUUCUUAUAUACCUGAUUAUUUAAAAGUAUCAAAUCGUAUAUUUAAAAAAAUGUUAAUUAAUUCGUUAGAAGGUGCUAAGGAAAUUGUUAAAAGAUUAAAUUCAAAAGAUAAAAUUAAUUAUAUUCGUCAAUACGCUUAUUUAAUUCAUCGUCUAUUCUAUGUACAAUUACAAGAAAGUCAAUGGAAAUAUUAUUAUGAUAUUGGUAUACAAGAAAAUAUUUGGUCAGGACGUGUAUCAAAAAAAUGGGCUGCUAUGAAUAGUAUGAAUUAUACUUAUGGUCGAUCAAAAACAUUAAUUAUUCAACGUCUAAAAAGCAUUGAACGACAACUUCAACAAGUAUCACAAGCAUUACGAGAUUUUGGUAAUCAACCAUUACCUCAAUGUCUAUCUGGAAUGAAUCCUCCAUUAGACUUUGAAAAAAUAUCAGCAAUGGUUACAGCUGUUGUACGUAAAGGUCAACAUAAAUUAAAGCAACAAUUUGAAUACAAUAAAAAAAUGUUAAAAUUAGACUCAACAGAUCACCUUUUUGUAAAAAAUGUUUAUGAUUUUAAACCAAAUAAACAACAAAUUCGUUGUAUUCGUAAUAUAUGGAAAGCAAUUCAAAAUAAAAAACAAAUGGAAGAACAAAUUGAAAUAUUAAAACAUCGUAUCUAUUCAAAUUGUUUAUCACCAGCUUUUAAUAUUCUUGAUUAUACUCUUGAUAAAAUUGAUAAAAUACUUAGUCGAUCAAAACAAUCUGCUAGUAAUGAUAAUGAUAACCAGCAACAAACAAUAUUAACUGCACGUCGUUUAAAAAAAAUUGGACGAUUUAAAUAUGAUAUGCUCGAAUUAAGUAUAGCAGCUGGUGAAGAAAAAGUACGAUAUUAUGAUAAGAUAGCUAAAAAAGAAAAAAAGAAAUUAUUAAUAAUUACAAAUAAAUUCAAGAAAACUAAUUCGGAUUCUGCCAUAUUUAAACAAUUAAUGGCAGCUAUUGAAGCAGGUGAAAAACAUAUGAUAGAACGUGCUAAUUAUAUUACACAACAAAAAAUGAAAUCUUUUUUCGACGAAGCUC